CUAUGUUUGUCAUGAUACAUGGGUGAAGAUUGGACGGCGACGAUCAUUGUGACACAGUUCGGCCCCUCUCAAUUGCAUAUCAACCGCAUCCAACAGCUCACUCACUCCCCAGACAGCGUCCGAUCCCGCCCUUUGACAACACGCUCAAUAAUAAUCCUCCAGUGCCAGUGCCCGACGCAAAUGUACUCACCGAGGCGGAGCCUGGGCGGCAACUGGGCCGUGGGCGUGAGAGUCUCGUUGCAUCUUUCAGAAUCAGACGCCAGUCUGAAGAAGCAACCAUGGUUACUUGAAUGCUCCCACGCCCCGCCGUCAGCGACAACGUGCCCGCUAGCUCGCGUUUCAACACGCCCACAGGGCCGUUGCAGCUCGGCCCAUGACGGGGCGCGGGGGGUUUCCGUCUCACGCCCGACUCCCCCACCAGACAUCACCGCGGCGUUCCGCCCAGCCUCAACUGCGGGUAUUCAGCGAGCCCUUGGAAUCCCCUCAGUCGCCGAACGCGGGACGCUUUGAGACGUCGUGAGUUUACUCAUGCCCUUGUCUCUUGCAACGACGUAAAAAAGCGCAGCUCCGGUUUCGACUCGCCAGCUCGUCCGUAUUAAAAGCUCUCUCAUAAACACACUCACUACCGAAUGCCUCGCACCUUGGCGUGAGAGUCGACAAAAUGACUUCAGGCGAACUACAACGAAUCUCAUGGCUUGGCCUGGGUAACAUUGGCUCGGCCGUGUGCAAGAACCUGGCCAAGUACGGUCCGACGCGAGGCCCGGUAACCUUGUGGAACCGCACGCACAAAAAGGCAGCAGAUCUGGCCGCCGAGUCGGAUGCCUUUGUCGCCACCACAGACCUCGCUGAUGCGGUGUCACGCAGCGACAUCAUUUGCCUGUGCCUCAUCGACGAUGCCGCCGUCGCUCAAGUUCUCGACGACGCGACCCACGACACGGACGUAAAGGGGAAGCUCUUUGUCGACUUCUCUACGGUCCACCCCGACACGGCGGCGGCGCAGGCUGAAAAGCUGAAGGAACAUGGCGCAGAGUAUUUGGCCAGUCCCAUCUUUGGGGGCGUACCUCUUGCUGUCGAUAGACUCAUCACCAUCGUCCUCGCGGGCUCCUCGCAGUCCAUAAACAAGUUUACCCCCUUCACGGAUGGCGUAAUCUGCAAGAGCACCAUCGUGCUCGCCGACGAGCCCUGCCAGCAAGCCAGCCUGCUGAAGCUCAUCGGCAACUUCAUCCGCUUCUCCACCAUCGAGGUCCUGUGCGAGGCCAGCGUGCUGACCGAGAAGCUCGGCAUGGGGCAGGAGACGCUGUCCAAGUUCGUCGAGGCGCUCAUUCCGGGGCCCGCGGCCGGGCAACUGCGCAUGCUCAAUUCCGGGUCGUAUCACCGUGAGAAAAAAGCCUUGAUACCGAUCAGCAUGGCCACCAAGGAGAACGGCCACUUGAACGACUUGGCGCAGAGGCAUGGUGUUAAACUGAAAACGCUGGAUACUGUCACACAUCACACGGAUAGCGUUACUGCGAAGCGUGGGCCUGAUGCGAAUCUGUUGGCCAUAUACGGCUCGAUACGGGAGGAGUCUGGCCUUCCCUUUGAGAACUAAUCUUUUACAUCAAGCACGAAUCUAACGCCCCUCUGUCGGAACAAAAGCAAAUGCCAGAAUCUCCUCGCUCC